ACAUGACAGCUUACCUUACCAGGAAGAGAUAGACGUUGCAGCUGAGGGGAAAGUCCAGGAAGAAGAGAGUGCAGUCAUUUGCCUGCAACAACAAGAGUGACACAGAUCAGCCGUGUGCAUGCUGAAGCUUCAGAAAAAUGGGGCCCAUAGCAGUAACCCAGCUCCUUGCCCUGAUCUCACUGACUGUGGCCCUGGACAAUGGAUUGCUGAAGACUCCACCUAUGGGAUGGAUGGCCUGGGAGCGUUUUCGCUGUGACAUUGACUGUUCUGAUGACCCAGAGAACUGCAUCAGCGAGACUCUGUUCAGAGACAUGGCUGACCGGCUGGCUGAGGACGGCUGGAAGGAGCUGGGUUAUGAGUAUGUAAUCAUAGACGACUGCUGGAUGUCCAGACUGAGAGAUGAACAAGGGAAGCUGCAGCCUGAACCCUCCAGGUUUCCAGGGGGCAUUGGAAAACUGGCGAGGUAUAUCCAUGACCGUGGGCUGAAGCUGGGCAUCUAUGCAGACAUGGGCACUCACACAUGUAUGGGAUUUCCUGGCACCACACUGGACAAAAUUGAGCUAGAUGCCCAGACCUUUGCUAGCUGGGGGGUAGACUAUCUGAAGUUUGACAGCUGUUACUCAAAUCCUUUAGAACAAAUGCUGGGUUACCCUCUGAUGUCCAAGGCUUUGAAUGCUACAGGCAGACCUAUAGCCUACUCCUGUAGUUGGCCCGUCUAUGUGGGAGGACUUCCACCUGCUGUGAACUACUCUCUGCUGGGGGAAAUUUGUCACCUGUGGAGGAAUUACUAUGAUAUCCAGGACUCAUGGGACAGUUUGCAAGGCAUUGUUGAGUGGUUCUCCAACAACCAGGAUGAUCUGCAGCCGGCUUCAGGGCCUGGACGAUGGAAUGACCCUGACAUGCUCAUCAUUGGAAACUUUGGUCUCAGUGUGGACCAGGCUCGCUCUCAGAUGGCUCUGUGGGCAAUAAUGGCUGCCCCUCUCAUCAUGUCUAAUGACCUUCGAAACCUGGGCAACAUCGAGAGAGCAAUCCUGCAAAACAAAGUGGCCAUUGCCAUCAACCAGGACCCCUUGGGUAUCCAGGGAAGACGCCUCUUGCAGGAGAAGAGUCGGAUUGAGGUUUACUGGAGGCCUCUAUCUCAUUCAGCCAGUGCCCUUGUGUUCCUGAGUCGUCGGACAGACAUGCCCUACCUCUACCACACCUCCUUGGCUAAACUCAACUAUGAUGCUGGCAACUAUGAGGCCUAUGAUGUGUUUACUGGCUCGACUGUGAGGGGGUUGAACGCCACCUCAGAGUUUACACUCUCCAUCAAUCCCUCAGGUGUUGUCAUGUGGUACGUCUACCCAGAAAAAGAGUCCAAACAGGCUGACCUGCCCCACUACCGGCACAACAAAGGCUCGCAAUUCACAUUCCACAAAGCUAAUGCCAGGCAUCAUACUGUGUUAUGAGGGAUUUUAUUGAACUAUUUACAAUGCUGACGGGCUCAAUGAAAGCCAUGUCAACUUGAUCUUGACGUAUUGUUGAACAUAUGUUCUACACUGAUGUGUGUUUUCUUGAAACCAAUUCUUAUGUUGUGUUAUUUGUAGGUCAUUUCCUUAAAAAUGAAUAAAAGUUUCACUAAUUGUUUUACUCCA